UGGGCGAGGUGUUACUCCUCACACUGAAGGUAUGCUGAGUGUACACUGACUAGUGCCGUCUUCAUCUCACAGAGAGAGUCUUUCUGGGAGAAAUAUCAGCCGGAGUCACCUUUAUUUCUGAGCUUUACGAGCGUUUAAAAGAUCCAAAAGUAGAGGACUGUUCAGCGGAGGAGUCUGUGGGACCUGUCAGCAGCCUCGUCCUGAGCUGAGACCCCUGACAGGUAAGUGACAGUGAGAUGGAGAAACCGUAAUGUAGUUAGACCAUUCAUAGAGGCAGAUUGAACUCCAAACAAAGGACUUAGUAUUCAUUCUGUUUGAGCACUUCCUCCUGCAGCUUUCUCUUCAUCUGUCAGGGUCAAUUUGUUAUUUAGCAACACAAAUAAGCAAGUCAGCGACUCUUGGACAAUAUUCACGUGAGGAAUCGGAAAUUGUUCUUUGACUUUGUUUUUUCUCUCCGGUUUACCCUGUGACGGAUCCACAUCCUUAUGUCUGUGUGAAUUCCAAUAUUUAAUCAGGUUCACACCCAUCCAAACAAAAGAAUGAAUCCGUCCAGAAGAUUACUCUGCAAUUAGUUCUGAUCGUACAACAAAUAACCGCACCGGACCCAGGUUUUCAGAGGCAAUCUGCAGUCUGACCUGUUUGCCACUCCACUGUUGUGUUAUACCCUGUCCUGUAUGUCUUAGUUUCAAAGAGCCAUAAUUAUACUUGUCCUAAAUGUUUACAAAGGUGGAGCACUGCAAACACACACACACACACACACACACACACACACACACACACACACACACUGCUUUCUCUGACCUUAGGGGGGUUGCUGUUAUCUGAUGCUACAUCUGCUCUGACAUAGUGGUAAGAUAGAGUACCUUGACAGAGGUCUUGUUGCAGGCCAAAGAGGGUCUGUUGGCUUACAGGAAAGUAUUUUUUAAAGAUGUCUGGUUACAAAUAAAAAUUUAUUUGUUUGUUUAUAGAGUUUUAUUACUUUAUAAAAGGGUUGGAAUUUCAGAGACCCCUUUGAACCAACUCGACCAGUCAUGUCUGAAAUAUCUGGGGGAGGGCUCUCUGUAUAACAUCUGUGUUAAAGUGGCACACUCAUUGUGUGCGACAGAUUUAGAGGUGUUGGGCAGGACUGGGUUCAGUUUUGAUCUGAAAGGUUGCUUGGUGAUUUUGUGUGGAGUUUUAACACGAAACAUGUGCCUGCCAGAGAUGUUCACAUCUUUGUUUUACCAAAGAAGGGACCGUUUUACAUUUGUCUCUACGUGCUGCUUACAUGCUGCUCCUUAAAUGAACAUGUUUUCAGAGUCAAGGAGCCCUGUAUAAAUGAUCUGUGCAGGUCUGACCACAUUUGGCUGGUUACGCAGUGCACGAUCUGAGAGAGUGUAGGGCGCAAAGAGGAUGUACUAUGGUCCCUUGGUUAUUUAGGGGUGUGUUUUGAACAUGUAUCAAACCAGAGUGUCAUCUUUCAUUCAUAUCGGAAUCAGUUGCGCUUCACAGCAGGCGCGUUGGGAUUUAAAAGGCAGAUUUCAGUCUUUUUACUUUAAUACAGCCGGCUUGAUCUGGCACAUUUGAAUGCUCUUAUGGAAACUGAUGCAGUGAGUGCUGAAGAUGAGGGACAGGUAAGCUGUUCAUCUUAAAUUACUUCUUUUUGCUUCUUAUCACAUGGCUCUAUUAUGUAGUGUGUACAUAAUGGAUAGUUGGCUUUCAAUGAAUAUCUAGGGGCACCGCUGUCAGUGGCACUAAGGGUUAAAAUUACCCUUUAGUUGUGUGUGUGUGUGUGUGUGUGUGAGUGUGUGUCUGUUUCUGCAUGUAUUCAAGAGAUUGCACCUGAAGAAACAUGACGGUGACAUCUCAGGCUUGUUUUUAGCCUUCGCUGGGCUGAGAUGAGGAUGUCCUCGUCUUCUGGCAUCCUCAGUUCAGUGCUAUAGGAAAAGAGGUACUGUAAAUAGAGAUGUGCUGAAGUUGAUAGAUGAUACAGAUGUUUUUUCCAUUACCUCUUUGAAAUUUUUGUAUCUGAUGUCGUGAACGAGCUAAUCGUUUCGGGUACCUCAUCUACCGUCCUGCUUAAAUGUCCCUGGAACAUGUCUUACAAACUUCAUGUGGCUGUUCUUUUUCAGAUGCUGUGUAAUUUUCCCACAACGCAUAUAUUUUUUUCACAUUUGAUCAUGAAGAUUAAUCAGUUUGUCCAGAGGGGACUUCUCCUUUUCAUUAAGAACAACUUCUAUUAGUCAGUAGUAAGGUGUAAUGGCUUUCCAGUUUCACAUCAGUGUGGCAAAGAUAAAGAUAAGAUAUAGGGUACAGAUAAUAAUAGGCUACGGUCAUUGGCGUGUGACACAUUAUUUGCUGAUAUGCCAACAUCUGUCAACAGGGCCGCUGUUUGCUUACACAGAUCAUUUGAUACACACUGAUCCACCCUUGAUAUUGAUGUAUGGAGAGGGAAACAUACACUCAUCUCUUAUCACCGAUAAAAAUCUCUUUGUCUUCUUGCUGUAUCCUUCACUGCUUUGUGUUUCUGUAUGUGAGUAAAAAACAAAAUAAAACAUUUUGUGAAGUCCAAACAGGUAGUCCUCCAUCUGGAAUUUCAUCUUAAAACAAGACAUUUCCCAGUCCUUUUCAGAUUAACUCCUACAUCCAUUCACCUGUUUCACUAAAAUUUGGUGUGCAGCUUCUAUGCAAAACUCAAACAACGUGGCCACAGCAGCCCCUCACAUUUUGACAAAAAAGACUAAUUCUCAGCUAUUUCUUUAAAUGAUACUUGGAUCUGCUUCUCCAGUGUUCUUAUACACUGAAGCUUUGAGACAUGGAACUAUCAAGCUUAGAUUAGAUACAACUUUAUUUGUCCUUUUGGGAAGGUUCACUCAAGGGUAGGGAAACCACCACAAACAAUAUUUUUAUUGAGCCAGGAGUGCCUGCUUUAAAUCAACACAAGACUCUGUUCUGCUGGUAAAUGUACCAACCUAAAGGAUCUCCAGCACUGACUGUCCUUUGUCUAAUAUAGAGCAGCUACACAGUCUGCAGCUGUGCCAAAUACAUACACAGCAAGAUGUGAGGAGCCAGUCUGUGCUGCGUGCAGCUCUAAUUUAAUUACUUCUUUGGUCAUCAGUAGUAAUGUAAUGUAACCUUUCAUUUUAGUCUGUUAAGGAGGGCCCACCCCUCAUUAACUCUUCCUGCUGAGCCAAAAUAAAGAUACACUAAUAAACAAUGCAGUCAAUACAUUGCUAUUGCAAAACACAAUUAUUUUACAUUUCUUAGUCACGAUGCAUUUCAUCAUUAUUCACAGACCUGCUGUAUAGUCAUUCAACUGUUUUGUGGGCCAUAUAUUGGGUGUAUACUUUUUAAAGUAUUGUGUAGAUUAUUAGUCACUUUUUAUAACUGGAUAGGAUGGGUUAAAAUAUUUUUACUUUUGGUUUCCAGAGCAGUAAUUGCUUUUUGCAAAGAACUACUUAAAACAUGUGUCUGUGAUCAGUGCUUAGCAGCAUUUCAUGUCACUUCCUUCCAAGUGAGCUCAGUCCUUUUUUUUUAUUAUCUGUUUUAUUUGUUUGAGAUGAUUAGAGAGGGGGGAAAUUGAGAUGGGUAUGAUUUAAGUUGUACAAAGAUUCUGCAUAUGAAGAAGAUUAUUCACAUCUGCCAUAAUCAGCAGAUGUUUGUCCUGACUUGUUUGAAUAAAGAUAAACAAGUGAGGAGCUCCUUGCAUGGCCUGCAGCUAAAAAUCAAAAUCAACCAUAUUCUUAGAAGGAGGGAGCGAAGUUUGCUGUGUGUGUAGACACACACACAUAUAUAUACACACACUAACAGAGCAGGAUUGUGCAACAGUGCCCCUCUGCUCAGCCGAGCAGCUGCAUAAGGAGGUCAGUGUGUUGAACACACCACACCUCCUGUUCUGUCAGCACUCCUCUGGCCUCUGUGACUCGUCACACAUCCUCUGGAACAGCAUACCCAAUUCACCAAAGUCGUGUAUAUAAUAUGGCUAAAUGAACUCUGUCUCUCAGUAUGGUUGGAUUCACACAUUCCCACACGUGUUACUUUUGUUUAAUAAUCAAACAACCUAAAAAAGUCUCUCCUCUUAAAGUUGUGGAAAACCUAACACAGAAAAGUGCAACAGUCCACCUGAACCCUUUGCACUCUCAGGUCUACUCUGGUAGGAGAAAAAAGAUCCCAUUUUCUCCCUCCUGUUCGAAGAGGCUGCAGAGGCUUAGUUGCAGCAAAGUUUUUCCUCUUGAAUUUCACAACUUUUCUACCUUUAAGUUUUGAAGCAUUUUGAUGAUGUGCUGAUUAACAUUUUAAAUGGAAAAAAAAACAGAGAAAAAUAUCCAUCAGCAAGCCUACAGGGUGCUGUAGAUUUUGGUAACCGGUAUCUCCAAAGCCAAACCAUUAAUGCAUGAUAGGCUGUGACUAUCUAUUAAAUACACAGUUUGAGGUCGAAUGCCUACAAUUGACACACUUCUUAAGUUAAAGUACACAAGUAGAGAACAGAUUUCAAUUAACAAACAACCAAAACAGCAAAUGAAAACUUUAAAAAUAAUGAAGUCUGCUCAGAAAGAAGUGUAUAACAGGUUUUUUCCUUGUUAAACCGGACACUAAUUUGUAGUAGCUUACCAAAACAUGUGUUGAACCUCCAUUUACACCUCUCACAACAUGUUUUGGUUUGUAAACUUAUCUCUGUGUAUUUGAUGUUCAAUAUUUAUCUGAGAAACUUGUCACCCUGUCAGAGACUCUUUUGAGAUUUACAGAAGGAACCAAACAAAGAGAAAUACUGUAUUCAAAUAAAUUUGAAGUUGAAGACGGGAUAUGUCAUCCAAAUUUGAGUGGCUUUGAUUUGAUUUUACUCUGCACCUAACAAGGGUCAAAUUACUGAGUAUUUUUGCAGCAUCUUUUUAUCAGUACUACACUUUGAAGAUGGUCCCUGCACACUCACCUUAAGGCUUAAUAAACAGGACCAUUGUGGGAGGAUUGUUAUUACAAGCCAAGAAUAGAGAUGCUAUUGAAAACAGCUGCAAAUAUUAUAAGAACAUUUAUUUUGAAACAAGAUAUUGUUAUACUUAAUUCAAGGAACAAAUUAAUCAAACAUUGCCUUUAAAUGAGAAAUUAGUCGGCCAAUUGAUUGGGCAGAUUAAUGGCAGCUUGACAUAUUCUGCAUCAUAUCAGCAUCGGUCCUCACAAGACUGAUACAACUUUACUUUUUUCAUUUAAAAGGUCUUUUUCUCAUCACCCAUUAACCACAGAGCAUAUCUAAAACAUCACUGGCUGAUGUUUUAAUUUGAAUCCUGUUAUGUGUAAAAUAAAAUAAUGCAGUUUAGUGUUAAAAGCAUUUGACAUCUUUAACACAACACAAAGUGUUUGUCUGUCCGUUGGUUCUUUAAAAUCUAUCCAAAUUAUGUUACUUAGGCUACUGAAGAUUUUUAUAUGUAUGCAAUGUUGAAUCUGUCUAUGGCUUUCUUUUUUUAAAUUUGGACUUAAAUAUUUACCUCACAAUAUUUUUCUUCCUUAAAAAAUUCUGAUUUCCAGACAGAAAUCUAAAAGUUCCUUGUGGCAAUUUUUGACAGAUUCUUCUAUCUACAUAAUUUUUUUUGAUAACAUGUUGACUCAAGUUCAGUCAUUUGGUUUUUCGUUGUGUGUGUCAUUAAAUUGUUGUAUUUUGUCAAACACAGUAGAUUGACUUAUAUUGUGAUAUCAGCGUUAUAUAUCGGCCAUCAGACAACCUGCUCUCUCGUAAUCGGUGUUGCCAUCAGCCAUGAAAAACUGUAAUCAGUCGACCUCUGCUUUAAAUUACUUAAAUUUGGACCUGUAAGUAUAAAUGUAGUGUAAUGAAAUAAUUUGGUUAGUACUAGGCUUGAAAAAGAUUUGAAUUUUUCCAGUGUAAACGUUAUUUUAACUGUCCGCUUGCAGUCCAUGGAGAGUUGUACGUUGGGGAACCAUUUUUAACUCAGUAAGUGAUGCCAUGUAAAAGGUAUCACAAUGCAGUUCUUUCUCCUGAAAAUACAUAAAGUAAAAGUGAAAGUACUGCUUAUAAGAACUACAAGAAAAGCGGAAGCACACAAAAAAAUCUCUCUCACUGUCAUGUGAGUAAAUUUAAUCAGUUACUUUCCACCCCUUGAUUCAUGUACUGAAAAGUGAAUAAAAAAAAAACACAAGUAGGACAUUGAAACUGUAAGUCUGAGGUAGAAGCUCUGACCAGACAAAUUAUUUUCUAUGUGGAUUAAAACAUUUUGAUGAUUUUUCCAGAGGAAAUUAAAAUUAUCCUUUUGAUGUCACUUUCUAUGAGAUGUCUUUGAAAAUCAGCUCCAAACUUUUCACAGGGGCUUUAAUGUGCAGAAAAAAAACUCAAAUCCUGCACGUCCUAAACCAGGAGUUUAAACAAAAGUCUAAAGUGAAGAGGAACUGUGUUUUGCUGACUAAGUGCUGCUCACAUUCAGCCUCAGAUUCACCAAUGAUUCACCAUUCCUGAAUCAGCAGCUUGUGUACUGGUGUGACAUCUAGGCCAAGAAUAGAGACAGUGACAGUUAUUUUUCCUCAAGUUUCUUUCUGAAGUACCUGUUUUUCCUUUUACUUGUCUUAAAGCUGUUUUAUGUGGGAGGGAAUGCCCUUCACUCAGGACACUGCCUCAGGCUGCAGAUUUCUCUUUAACUACCCUUUUACCACUAACCAGCAUUCCUGUCCCGACUCUGUAACUCCUCUGAAGUUUACCCCCUCUGUAGACCUCUGUUUUCUUCUCCCUCCUUUUACAGUUUUUCUCUAUCUUUGCCCCCAAAAAACACUCUUUCAUUCUGUCUCUUUUCUUCCUAUUUAUCCAGCAGCCUCCAUCAUCACUUGCAGACUCAGACUCAGAGGUCCCCACCAUGGUCCUGCCCUCGUCACACUCUUCCAGGCUAAAGUAUGUGUCUUUAGGGGUGCUGGUGCUGCAGACCACUUCUCUGGUGCUCACCAUGCGCUAUUCCCGCACCCUGAAGGAAGACGGCCCGCUUUACCUAGCCUCAUCCGCUGUGGUGUCAGCCGAGGCGCUCAAGAUUCUUGCCUGCAUUUUCCUCGUCUUCAGGGAGAACAGUGAGUAACAGGGCUGGGUGAGAGGAGGAAGGGGGGUCUCUUUACAGUUAUAGACUUUGUGUCUUGACUCCAUGUGUGGUCUCGGUUAAAUUACUGUCAGCACACCCCGUAUCUCUGUCAGGUUUCAGUGUGCGGGCGAUGAACCAGCUGCUUAAGGAGGAGAUUGUGAACAAGCCUCGAGAGACCCUGAAGCUUGCCAUUCCUGCAGGGAUCUACACGCUGCAGAACAAUCUGCUCUAUGUUGCCUUAUCCAACCUGGAUGCAGCCACGUAUCAGGUGACUCAGGACUCUGCAAACUCAAUCUCACUGAAAAAUAUCUGUGUGUGUGUGUUUGCAAUUUAAUUGAUUUCUGGAAAUUUAAAUUUUUUAAAGGUAUAAGUAAUAUCUCAACAGAGAAAUUAAAAAUCAUACAAUAUUGGAUCUGUAAUAACAUAAAAAUCUUACAGUACCUUAGGCAAUUCCCACUGUAUUCAAACCCACAGAGAUACUCAAGUUAAUUUCAGAGUUUUUCAGUGCCUUUUAAGGUGUCCAGGUCUUUGACUGUCGUGACCAUUUUUUGGGGGAUCUCGCAGAGGAAUUAACCCAGCUGAUUUACUCUUUUCAUAUUUACAGUUUACAGUCUUUACCACUUUCCUGUCUUCAUCAUAUUUCUGUGUUGUUCAUUUUUAGUUGAUUCAGCCUAUGAUACUAAUAUUUUCAACUAAUCACCUCAGGAAGUGGACAGGUAUCACUUGUGGGAUAUCUCUAGGCUCAGUUCUUGGACCCCAGUCUUUUUUGAUAGAAUAAAUUGUGACCAUAGUGUUUGUUUUUUGGUUAUGAUGAAAACACACAGUCAGAAUUAUAUCUACAAUUGGACCUAAACACUGUCUUUUUAGGAAAUAUUCAUGAAAUUGUAUUUUUUUUCUGCAGGAGUCUUCAUUUUAGUAUUGGAAGAUUCAAAUUUGUUUUCUGCCAUGUUAUGAAAGCUAACCAGCAUUAAGAUUUUCUAACUUCUAAGGACAGUUAUGAAAAUGUUUGAUUUCAUCUUCGCUCAAAAAAAAAAAAAUCUUCUCUGGAAAACAAAAGCAGUUAUUUGUACUUUUUCAUGAAUCUACAUAAAUAGAAUGUAAACAGAUUGGCUCACCCAUCUUUUCCUCUCACAGUGGCUGUGUCUUGUCUUUUAUGAUGAAUUAUUGUCAACUAUUUUCAUCAAAUUAGCUAAGAACUUUAGCGGAGACUUUUUGCUUCCUCCAAUCCUGGAUCUAAUCUCGAUCAACCCCAAUUCUGAUCUGAGAGGUUUUCUAGAGCUUAGCGUGACCAUCUUUCUCUGAAACUAACCUGAACUAGCCAUCGACCCUCUUUACAUGACCUGGUAUUUGAAUAUGUUUUUCUUACACAAUCAUGAUGUUGUUCAUUCAGAAAGUUUAAAACCUGUUAAUUGCAAGUAAUUCACAACUACUUAUUAAGUAAACGAGAGUGAGGCCUGCGAAAAAUGUUAACAGUUGAGCCUCAAAAUGAAAGAUGACUGUGUGCAGUCUAAGUUGAAACGGAUGUAAUGUGAAACAGCUUUCAAGAAAUUUGGCGAGCAAAACCAAAAACAUCCAAAAACAACAUUUUUAAUGAUUUUUAAAAGAACUUAUAAAGACUUUGUAUCAUUUACAAUGCUUUUCUUUAAACACUUCUUUAAGCACUUUUUAAAAGUUUAACUCUGACUGUUGGACUGUUUUAUGAAAAACAAUGUUUCCUAACAGUACUAACUAUUUUAACUUCAAAUUUUAGCAAAUAAUGUUCAUCAUUUUCUGCUCUUCACAGGUCACGUACCAGCUGAAGAUCCUCACCACAGCACUGUUUUCAGUCUCCAUGCUGGGGAAGAAGUUGGGUCUCUACCAGUGGCUCUCUUUGCUCCUCCUGAUGGCGGGGGUCACUCUAGUACAGGUACUGAAUUCUCUUACAUAUACUGUAUGUGGUCUGUUUCAGUGAUGUUAAUAUGAUUUAUCAUUAUCAUGCAGUUCACUUGAAAAUGAGUUACAUUACUCUGCAGGUUUCAAGUGCUCUGCCUGUCCCUGCAUGUGAUUCUCAGUGUUUUAACCUCCACAGUGGCCCGCAAACUCGGAGGGAGACUCUGAGCAGAAGGUCCUGUCUGCAGGUUUUCACUUUGUGGGGCUGAUGGCUGUGCUGAUGGCCUGUGUGUCCAGCGGCUUUGCAGGAGUCUACUUUGAGAAAAUCCUCAAAGAGACUAAACAGAGUGUUUGGGUCCGAAACAUACAGCUGGGUGAGUAACCAGCCAAUAUGGGAGAGACGGCUCGUCUUAAAACCUGUUUUUUCUGUGCCUUCUCCCUUUUUCUGAAAUGCUGAACCAUCAAAGCACUUUUGGACAGAGUAUGAAACUGGAAAUUCCUUUGCAGCCUUGCAACUCAAAACUUGGUCUGAUUUUUGACAAAAGUGCUACGUUAUUCUAGAGGCUUCAGUUAGAUAUGAAAGCCUUUAUCAUCUUUCUGUGUGUACACUUACAACACAUCUAACUGCUGAGUUGCCUCAGUCACCCUAAGUACUAAUUAGCUAUGGUACAUACAUUCGCCUUUGAUAUUUGUUUAGUUUUGACCUUUAUCAAAAUUAUACUGUUCCUCACUGAACCUGGCAUUACAAGUACUGCUCAGCCUGUCAAACAGGUACUUGUGGUUGUAAAAAUGACCCUGAUCAUAUCGUUUGUCGAGCUGUACUUAAACAAGAACUCAAUAUUGAGAUGUCUUUGCAUAUUUAACUUUAUUUUUCACAGCAAUAGUAUUCUCCCACCUAAGAGUUCCAUUUCCAAGUGUCAUUGCUAACAGGUUACGACACUGCGAGCACAUUAAACAUAGAUGACACUUCACAUUGCUGUUGUGAUCACUGCCUUGUAAAAACUUAAAUCUAUUGACAGAGAAAUUAUUUGAUGUUUGUAUUACAAUGUAAAAAUAUUGUCAGAUGGGCUUACCUAAUGUCAAUACAAUCCAGUGCUGGAGUCAUGAGUUGAAUCUCUCUGUGAAAGUUAUGAUGGUCUUGACUGUGGAGAAAAAGAGAGCAACUUUUGUCCGUAUGGGAACCUCUGUCCUGGAACAGCAUUUGUGUCAGUGCUGAACUGUACAUGAGUUGUAAAUGUUUAACAUUUUGAAGGAUGAACCAAUUACUUAUUAGUCGUCAGGAAACAAAGACAGUUUUACAUCCUAUCCAGUUGAUGUAUUUUGUGGGAUCCAACAAGACUCUACGUGAAGCUCCAUACUGUUCUCCAGCUACACAUUACAUUGUUAUGCUAAUGACACUCAGCUUUUUGGAUUAGAACCAGUUUUUUGUGUUAACUAUGUCUUGGCAUUGGUCUUUAGGUCAUAAUAUACUGUAUAUUUUUAAGCCAAAAAACACCUAAACCCUCAUGUAACAGAGAAACUGAACACUUACUUCACCCGAGCCCACUUGUCAUCUGACAAGAACCUCUUGAAGUCCAUGAACCUCAAAAAGGGAAAGUUAAUCAGUGUCAGAAAGGCUCUCGUGGCUGGAUAUACUCUUUUUGUUUGUAUGUGUGUGUUACAAUGGUGUAGGAUUUUAAGGCUAAGUCAAGAAGACACUGCUUACAAUUCAUGUUAUAUGUAUUCAUUCUUUAUGCACAAAAAAGGAGGUGAUUUACAAUAAGAGGAAGUUGAUGUUGGAUGUUUGCCAACACUGAAGUUCAAAAAAUAUGUUUUUUUUUCUUAUUUAUGGCAAAUUUACAACAAAUCUGAAAUGUAUAAAUGUAACACCAGGUAAUGCCACUGAUUCUUUUGGGUUGCAAAACAGAGAGACUGAAGUUAAUAAAAUAUCCUCAAGCCUGAACACAGAUAUCAUGAAAUUCUAAGUUUCAAAAGCAUGUCUCAGGAUAUCUUGACAGAUAAUGUUUGACAAAGGUGGAAAUCUGGCUGCCUUUAGACAACAAGUGAAUUUUUCUCACUUCCUCUCGGCAGAGCUUUCUCUGAAAACGACCUGUAAUUUGGUCCACCUGGUUGAACAGUUUACAACUUUCUCAACCAGGUUUUAAAAGAGAUUUGUGAAGAGUCCGAACAACAAAAGCUUACUUAAUUGGUGCUUUCACUCACUAAUGAGAGGUUGCUCUGAAUCAGAUUGUCUUUUCCUGAUGAGGAAGACAAGGUCAGGGGUUAAAGGUCAUAGACAGUCUGAUCAUUCCUCUUUUCCUCUCCUAAGACCCAGCUCUUUAGAGAACACUAUGCACUUAGAUAGACCCACCUCCACUGUUGUUCCCAGUGGUCGAAUGAGUCUCUCAGCUACAGUUAGCUCACACUGUCCUGCUCUACUUCUGGGAUUUUGUGCCCAGCUCUUUGUGAGUGACCCAGCACUUGGUACUUUGGUCAUUAUUGUGGCGAAGCCAAUUCAAUUAAUGGUGAUGAUAGAAGGUCUUACAUUGGUGAUUGGUUACUUCUUCUUCAAAAAAAUAAAAAUAAAAAAUCCUUUAUUCACUUUGUGCAUUGCCUUGGCAGUACCUGUGUCCAAAUGGACUUGAAGCACUUUGUGGCUCUUACUGGUCUUGUUUCCAUCUUUGCUUGUAUUGUUCUUGUUCUUUAAUCUGUCAGUUUGGAUAAAAAGUGACAUUUUGACAGUGUUGGCUUUCAACAAAUCUUUGAAAUCCCACAGAAAACUAACUGCCUAUUUUUCCAAAUAAACUUAUACUGUUUUUAAUUAUCCAUACAGUAUAUUGACAGUUGCACCUUAUGCUUUUCAUGUGUAAAACAAUUGAACCUUGUGUUGUAAAUUUUUAGCCAUAAUCUUGAUUACAGUGACCUCUAGUGGUGUGAUAGGGUGAUUGAACAACUGAGUGUCAAGAAACACACUCACAAUCAACCAGCAUCAUCAUUAAAUGGUAUGUGCCUUAUAUGUAACCUCACCUCUCUGUUUCUUCUUGUGUCCUCCAGGAAUGUUCGGCUUCGUGUUUGGAUUAGUAGGAGUGAUAGUGUACGACGGUCAGAGGGUGAGACAGCUGGGAUUAUUUCAGGGCUACAACAGCAUCACCUGCAUAGUCGUUGGCUUACAGGUGAUCCUCCUUUGAAUCUAACAGUCAUUUAAGAGGGUUGGUAGAAUUUUUGUGUUUGUUUGAGUGCAGUCCUAUUUUCAAGACACUGUUUUCUCUCUCUGCAGGCUGUAGGUGGACUGGUCGUAGCAGUGGUUAUCAAAUAUGCAGACAACAUCCUCAAAGGAUUUGCUACCUCUCUGUCCAUCAUUGUGUCUGCUCUCAUUUCAUACUUCCUGCUUGAGGACUUUAACCCGACUAGGUAAACACACGUGCUCCUGAACAGUCAGUGCAGCUCAAUUUGCAUAACAGCAGUUGUUCAUAAAGAAAGCUGUGUUAGCCACGUGUCAGUCAGUAUAUCUUCAGACAGGUCACACUGAUAUGUCCUUACACAUAUCGAUUCGGCUCAAGACCGUUAGUUAAAUAUCAUGGCUCCAUAAAGUAUGCUUGGGGUUUGGGUGAUCCAUUGAGGGCCUCUAUGGGGUUAAAAUGCAUAAUUUUGAAUGAAAAGUUUCAACAACUUUUGCUUGGAUUGACUAGGGGGUGCAUGAUGUGGUUCAGCCUUAAAUUAAUAUAAAUUAUCAAAUUCAAAUUUGGAUAUAGAAUUGAGGAGAUUUUCUUAAUUUUCCUCCAUAGACACCAUUUUAUCAAAAAAAGAUACCCACCUCUUUGCACAUUUUUUUUUUUUUUUUUUUACCAAGAAUCAGCUUUUCUUCUUUUUUGUGCUAAUAAAUAAAUAAAUAAAUAAAUAAAAGCUCAAUUAAAUACAUUGCGAAAUAGUUCAACAUGUCAAAUGUUGCACCAUAAAUAUUGUUUUAAUUUACCAUUACAUUUUCAUUAUGAGCACAUUGAAAUGCUACCCAAGCACAUAGCUUAAAGAGGUAGUGUCAUGUUUUGUUCAUAUUUCACAAAUAAAUAUCGAGUUAAGAUAUUGUGUGUCAGAAAUACACAUGGGCAAAGUUUCAAGUUGUGAAAGAUGUUGCAUAAUUUGACUUCUUGAUUCCUGAAACAGCAGCUGAGAUGGAGUGUUUCAGACAGAUGUUGAGGGUUUCAAAGACACCAGCCUGAAAUAUGUUAAGAGUUUUUUUUCCUGACAUGUGGUUAUUGAACAAACAGUUUACUAAUGUCUUUUUCUUUCUCUUUUCCUUUCUCCUCUUCCUCUCAGUGGGUUUUUUCCAGGUGCAGUGCUGGUCAUUGUUGCCACAUUUCUGUACAGCUAUGAGUGUAAACCUGCCAAUAGCAGCACCAUCAAAGUGUAAACAGAGACUUAAGUGAGCUGUGCUAUUUACCUGGAGUGGAGUCAAGGAAGUAAGACUCCAUGAGCCGUGACGAUGAGUUUGGUACACAGAAAUGAACGAAGGAAGUUUCUGCCAAACUUCAGUGGAGACUGUUGAGACAUAUCACCUUUCUGAGAUAAUACUGCUUUGCACCAAAGAUGGAGGUCAAUAUUGUGGGACACAUUUGAUUUUAUGAAUGGAUUUUUAUAAGUUUUGUCUUAUGACACACUCUCAGGAGUACACUAAAUCUACCUGACCUUGAAAUGUAAAUAGACGUGGUUGCAGAUAAAUUACUCUGCAGUUUGACUGAAUUUAUCUUGUGAAAAUUAGAGCUUAUUUAGGUUGAUGAAUUAGACAGGUGAUAGACAGGUCUAUCACAAGUAUAUUUAAAUUAACAUAGUCUGUAAGUUUAUUUAUACAUGACAAUGUGAAAACUUUUCAACUGAGUGAAUGUUGGAGAAAACCACCUUUAGGUUGUGGAAGAAAUGUCCUCCCCUUAGAUUAUGCUCAGAUAUGGUUCUUUUAAAAACUCUCAACACUGUCUGCUGUACAAGUAUGCAUGGCUAUUGAGUUUUGAACAGAUCCACUGGUCCAUUGAGGCUGCUACAAUAUUGACAAUAAGAUAUAUUUUUUAUCUUCCAAAUUUGAUAGUAGUAUUAGUCUCUGAAGUCUCAUAGCAUUAAUGCUCUAAUGGUACGAGGACAGGUCCAGAUAUUUCCAAUUUUGUAUUCUUUAGUACAGUGUUAAGUAAUGUAUUUAUGGGCAGUGGGAUAUGGGGAAAGUUUAUAAAUGUACAAAAUAAAAAGGGUAUUUAAUAGUGCUUGGAAAGAUAAAAUUCUUUGCAGAGCUUCCAUCUAGUGGUGGAAUGAGGAACACACUUGCUGCAAAAGGAGGUGUUGCCUCUGUUCAAAGAUGCUGAAUGUCUUUUUUUAUAUGAGAUGAGAUAAGAUGAUAUGACUGCUUUGACCUUGUUGCUGAGAGUCUGAGUAUUUGUAUGAAAGCACUCUUUCUACUGUCUUUUAAAUGUAAAAAUGAGGGUUUUUAUGUAAGAACAAAUGAAUAAAUUAUGGCAUCUUUUAUGCUGAAACAAC